UUCAAACUUCAUAAUAUUUUGGUUUAUAUUUUUUCAAGUUGUUUGUAAACUUAAGCUCGCCAUGAUUUAUGAAACUAAUUGGUUUGUUCAGCUUUUUCAAUUGUUGGAUAGUAACUGUUGCUAGAGAUAAAUUAGCCAACACAGUCCAAAAAAAACUCGGGAUUCUUUUUAAAAAUAUAUAUAUUUUCGUUUUGUAAUCUACCACAGAAAGUUAUUCCUCGAACAAACUAAUCAUCCUAAUUUAACUGUCUCAAGAGUAUUUUAUUUAUUUAAUUUUCUAUAAUAAAUUUCGAAAGGUAGUUUUCGGAAAGUAUUUUUUGAGACUCAUUUCUGUUGCAAUUAUUGUUGAGCUUACAAUGAUGGUGGUUGAAACGUAUUCAACCGAACACCGGGAAUUUUCCAUGCCAAGUGGAAUUGGAAGAGACUUCAACGCUGACAACGUCCCUGUUUCCCCUUUUCAUUCACUUGAGCAAAAACUAACCCUUCUCGCGUCCACAAUCAUAGUCGGACCCGACUCCAUUCGUUCGGGUGUCAGAGGACAGUACAUAGCCGAGCACGGAAACGAAGACGAGGAUUCGAAGGAGCUGCGCGACUAUGGCAUGAUAGCAAUCGAGUUGCCCAUACGUACUAAACUUCCACACUUCGUCAAAUCACAUAUUGAUGUUAUUGCGAAUGAGUUCAAAUCCAACUACACGACCAGACCUUGCACGGUUCUGGGCAUGGAGCGACAGCAGCCUAUUGCCUCCCGGGUUCCGAAGCCCAGUCGGGAGUUCCUCAAGGUCAUCAAUGAGUUCCGAUUCCAGAAGAGUGUGAUCGAGGAGGAGGAGGCGGAGAGGAGACGGAGUCUGGGACUGAGGUUCAACAGGAGUCCAAAGACAUUAUGGAACGUCGUGCGAGUUUUUCUCGAAGCUGCUCGAAAUUUCAAAUCUGAAGGUGCCAAACGCAGAAACAGAAUCAACAACUCCAUAAACCGACAGAGAAAAAGAUCAAAGUCCACACCCAAAAGAGUUCGGGAAAACUUCAGCCAGAAAUUCAUCGACACCAAUGGUCGGGUCAAAAGCAGUCGAUCAGUCCGAUCCCAAAUCAAAGUCACUCAACAGGAAAAAGAUCAGUCGAAAAAGCUCAAAGAGUUUUCCAACAAGGGCAAAAAUUUGACCGAAGCUCAGAUUAAAGAAGCCAAUAAAAUUCUGUACCAGAAAUAUUUGGAGCCAUCUGAUGAGUUGAAUGGAUAUUCGAACGGACAUGCUGUGAGUGAGGACGAGGAUUACGAUUACGAAUAUGGAAGUUGAUGAAAAAGUCAAAAACUGCUGAGUAGCUUUUUUAAUAACUGCUAAGCUGCUGAUGUUGCUUAAAAAAUAAAAUGAUGAUGAAAAUAAUUUAAAGCACUUAAAAAUCAAAAAUAAUUUGUUGAACUUAAUUUAU